AUGGCUCGCACCAGCAAGAAACAAUUAGUUGUGCCUUGCUGGCCUGGUCACUAUUGCCCUGAAGGGUCUGCAAGCCCGACUGCACAACCUUGCCCCGCUGGAACGGUGAAUCACAGCACGGGUGGAACAAGCCUUGCGGCUUGCUUGCCGUGCCCAGCUGGCUGGCUCUGUGCAGAAAGGUCGUUUCAAGCUGUAGGCUUUCAAGCGUGCCCUCCAGGUCACUACUGUGUCGAGGGAUCCAGCAAAGGCAAACCCUGUCCAGCUGGAACCUACACACCAUAUCCUGGCGCAUCGGAUAGAAUGACAUCCGCCGACAAAUGUACUCCUUGCGUCGCCGGUUACUAUUGCAAAGAGGGCAAUAGCCUCUUAGAUAUGCUUUCGCAGCCAUGUCCUCCAGGGCGAGUGUGUCCUGCCGGCACAACUUCAGAUAAAGGGCCCAAAUGUCCUCCUGGAUUCUACAGCCCUGUUGAGGGGUUGACACAUGAAGCAGAGUGUCUUCCUUGUCCAGCAGGAUCAUACUGUGACUAUGGCGGUGAAGACAGUGCUCCAGACAGAGUCACGGGGCAAUGCCCUGAUGGGACAAUGUCGCUCAACACCGGGCAUUUCGGGGAUAAGCACGCCAUACGGCCUAUUGAACCUGUCGGAGGUCAGGAAGCACAAUGUGUCACAUGCGACCCCGGCUAUAAGUGUUCUGGCGGAAUACGGUCACCUUGUGGACGUGGGUAUUACUCCGAUGGCAGUGGAGAGUGUAAGACGUGCCUGGCUGGGCAUUACUGUUGGAAAGAAGCUACAACAAGUCAACAGAUGGACAAGCAAAAGUGUCCUGCUGGAGCCUAUUGCGAGGCAGGAACUAGUUCUAUUCCCCUUCCAGCGAGUCACCCGUGUCCAUCGGGAUCUUACUGCCCAGAGGUGCGCUUCUCUUCCUUGCCCUGCAGAAAGGAUUGUUGUGUGCCAGUAUGUAAUGGAGUGAUAUUCGGUAGGCUGUGUCAUCUACCCUGGAUUGAUGAAAGUAAAAUGAAGGCGACUCGUUUCUGGAAUGAAGCAUGUUUGUACAAUUCCCUGGAAAAUGUUAGUGGUGUGGAUCCAGCAGGGGAUUCUACGGGCUGUGUGCUCGUUUCUGCUGGACAAUACGCGUCACAGCCUGGGUUGUCUGAGGCUGAAGGGGAAUGCCAGGAAGGUUACUACUGUCCAGAAGGGUCUACCUCUGCAACAAUGAACCGAUGCCCAAACGGGACCUACGGAUAUUUGUGUUAUGGGGGAGCCUCAUCGCCUCGACCUACCGAUGGAGUGACAGGGGAGCUCUGCACGCCUGGAGGAUACUGUAAGAGGGGGGCAACAACAAAGUCAUAUUGCCCCCGAGGAACCUACAAUCCCUCCCCAGGAGCAUCAUCGAAAGAUCAAUGCAUACACUGCCCUCCAGGAGCUUUCUGCACAGGAAGCGACUCAACCGAACCUGAUGGACCGUGUUCCCCUGGAGCUUACUGUACAGGGGGGGCUGAUAUUCCUCGAUGGGUCACCAAGAACACUGGAGAGCAACGGUGUGAACCGUGCCACUACGGGAUGUACUGCCCUGAGGAAGGAACACCUGUGGAAAAGCCCUGUCCCGUGGGAACCUACAGAGAUACUGGUUACGGAUCCUCACUCACCAGUUGCCAUCAGUGCCCGCCAUACAAAGCUUGCACAAAGGAAGGCGAAACACGCAAAGAGUUGGUGGAUUGUGAAGCUGGAUUUUACUGUAUAUAUGGGUCGUGGUCUACAGAGCCAUCGGAGUCUGAUUUACUGUACGAUCCAAUUAAAGGUGGACCAUGUCCUCCAGGUCUCUAUUGUGAAAGAUCUCAACCGCCAAUGCCGUGCCCAAGAGGCACCCUUGGUACUGCAGGCAAGCAAACGUCGCCAGACGAGUGUCCCAAAUGCCCUGAAGGGAGGUUUUGCGAGCACCUAGGGACUUUAACGGCCAAACCCUGCACUGCGGGAUUUUUCUGCCUUCCUGGGACAAUUGUCGCCGAGAGGAUAAAUACUAUCUGCCCAGAGGGCAGUGUUUGUCCAGCUGGAAGCAGUGGUAGCCAGGCAUGUGCCAUAGGUACCUUUGCGCCGCUCAAGGGCAUGGAACAAUGUAUAAAAUGUCCUGCUGGUUACCUCUGUGCAAACGCGGCCGCUGAUUUCGACACACAGCCUUGUCCAGUUGGACACUUUUGUAUCACAGGGACAUCGGAGAAACGACCUUGCCCAGCUGGCACUGCAGGCCUAGCGAGUAAUCUGUCGAACUCAUCUCUUUGCCUUGCUUGUCCGUCUGGCCACUACUGUCCCACUGAAGCGAUCGCGAGUGGCGAUCAGGUCCAAGAGUGUUCUAAGGGGAAGUACUGCAAUCCAGGAACAAAGGGAGAAGAUGAACAAGUUAUUUGCCCUGUUGGUUAUUACUGUCCCAAGACUUCCAGCACCCCAAUACCUUGCAAGGGUGGAAAACUAUGCACAAUGGCUGGCUUAGAAUCACCCGACGAGGACUGCUCUGAAGGGCUGUACUGCCAGCCUGGUACAGAAGAAUAUACUCCAGCAGAGGGAGAGCAGUGCCCUGGAGGUGCUUACUGUCCUAUUGGUUCGGCUAGUCCAUUAUUAUGUCCGAUCGGGAAAGUAUCACCGACCUCGGGGGAGAGGUCCGAGGAUUCGUGCGUAGACUGCCCAGCUGGAAGCUACUGCGGAUUUCCUGGACUUACCACAUACCAGGGGCUCUGCAGCUCCGGUUAUUUCUGCCCAGAAGGCAGUAUUGUUGCCGAACCACAAGAACACAGGUGUCCAGUAGGACACAAGUGCCCAGCAGGAUCAUCUGUAGCAACACCAUGCAAUCCUGAUAUGAAUGAGUACCAACCAAGGAGAGCACAGGCAUUUUGCGAGAGCUGCCCUGCCGGUUCUGCUUGCGACUCCGGUAGUGCAACCCUGUGCCCUACUGGGCAGUACUGCCCACUAGGAAUGAAACCCCAGAAGUGUGCUGCAGGGACGUUCAAUCCCCUUUCGGGUGCACAGAGUGCAGCAUUCUGUCUGGCCUGCCUUCCUGGUCAUGCAUGUACAAAAGAGGGCCUGAGCAAACCAGAUGCGAAGUGCUCGGCAGGACACUUCUGCGUUGCUGGCGCUUCGACUCAAACACCGGAAGAUGAGUGGAUUGAUGGUGGAGGGGCGUGUACACCAGGGUAUUUUUGCCCGGAGGGAUCUACAGUCCCUACGCCAUGCCCAAAUGGCAAAUACUGUCCCGAUGCAAAAGCAACAUUGCCAAAGGGAGAGUGUAUGGCCGGGCAUUAUUGUGCACACCAUGCAACAAACCAACGAGCUACAACUGCUUUCUCGUCCCGAGAAUGUCCAUCAGAUGUGAAACAAGGAGUGUGUCCCUUGGGUUCUUUUUGUCCUCCGGGAGCUGUGUUUCCAUAUAAAUGCCCUCCAGGCACUGUAAGAAGUACCACUGGCGGUACAUCGAUUACUGACUGCCAACCAUGCCCCGAAGGGAAUUACUGUACCCACAUAGGAGCAUCAACCGUGAAUUUGGACAGAUGUCUGGAUGGCCGGCACUGCAAAGAAGGCUCGCGAGUGUGUUGA